AUGCAAGCCUCUCAAUCUCCUCCUUCAGACGAUGUAAGGUACUGGCGAGACGAUGACAUGCCGCAAGCAGUCAAGGACUUGGUCUCCUCUCUCCCUUCAGAAGAAAACUGGGUCACCAACACUCUUCGCUUGUACCAAGGCUUCUGGUUCCCCUCUUGGCGGUUGAAUGGCAUCGUCAAUUGCCAAAACCACUUCCAAGCUCACCCCUCUGACAUCCUCCUCGUCACCAACCCGAAAUCCGGUACCACCUGGCUAAAGGCCAUCCUCUUCGCUCUUUUGAACCGUACCAAGUACUCGAACUCUGACUCACAACAACGCCACCCUCUCCUAACCCAAAACUCCCACGAGAUCGUGCCCUACUUGGAGAACAAGCUCCAUCUCGAGCAAGAAAAUCCCGAUCUCUCUGCUUUAGCGUCCCCGAGGCUCUUCGCCACCCACUUGCCUCACUCCUCACUUCCCCAGUCGGUGAGCGACUCCAAGUGCAAGCUGGUUUACCUGGUUCGGAACCCUAAGGACACCUUCAUCUCAAUGUGGCACUUCCUCAACAAGAUGAGGCCGGAAGAGAAGGGCCAGAUUUCGAUCCAGGAGUGCCUCGACAAGUUUUGUCGAGGGGUGAGCCCUUAUGGGCCUUACUGGGAUCAUGUGCUGGGUUACCACAAAGCGAGCUUGGAGAAGCCAGAGAAGGUAUUGUUCGUGACGUACGAACAGAUGAAAUUGGACCCGCAUGCUCAUGUGAGGAGGUUGGCCGAUUUCGUGGGGUGUCCAUUCAGCGAAGAAGAACUGAGGGACGGGACGGUGGAGGGUAUACUGAGGAUGUGUAGCUUCGACAAUUUGAGAGCAUUGGAGGUGAAUAAGAGCGGGAAGCUGUGGAAUGGAGUCGAGACCAAGUUGUUCUUCAGGAGAGGCGAGGUUGGAGAUUGGGUGAAUUACAUGAGUGCUGAAAUGGGGGAGAGAAUUGACGGUGUCAUGGACGAGAAGUUGCAUGGUUCUGGUUUGAAGCUUUGAAGUUGGGAUAAAUUAGAAGGGAGUGUCUGCGGGCCAUUGAUGAAGCUUCACCUCCAUAGAGAGAUGUUUCAAGGUUGUGAUUCUAAGUGUUCAUGUACUUGGCCAACACGUAGUUGACUAAUAAAACGCUGCCUUCUUUCUCACUGCGAGCUUAUGGAUUUAUCUUCUGUUAUUCUUUUCAAUUCGUUUUACUUUUGCUGUGUGAAUUAUAAACACACUGGUUCGUAUUUGUAUGUCGUCCGACAGAUUGAGUAGCUAAACGAAGGAUGUUUGUGUCUUGGAGAGA